AUGUGUAACCUGGGCCGUGUUGACUACAUCAGUGAAUUUGAGUUUGAUCUGUUCAUCAGGCCUGACACGUGUAACCCUCGCUUCAGAGUGUGGUUUAACUUCACAGUGGAAAACGUUCGAGAGACUCAGAGGGUGAUUUUCAACAUUGUGAACUUCAGCAAGACCAAGAGCCUGUACAGAGAUGGGAUGUCCCCCGUGGUGAAGUCGACCAGCCGGCCUAAAUGGCAAAGACUACCAGCCAAGAAUGUGUAUUACUACCGCUGCCCCGACCAUCGGAGGAACUACGUGAUGUCUUUCGCCUUCUGUUUUGACCGCGAGGAUGACGUUUAUCAGUUUGCCUACUGCUACCCCUACACCUACUCCCGUCUGCAGCAUUACCUGGCCAGUCUGGAGCGCAGAAAUCUCGAUUACCUACUGCGAGAGCAGCUGGGCCUCAGUGUGCAACAGCGAAGGCUGGAUCUUCUGACCAUCACCAACCCUGAAAGCAUUGAGGAAUUUGAGCGCAGUAUUAUGCAAAAGAAGAUGAAAAUACCCAAGGUGUCGAACAGGAACACAGUGGAGAAUCAUUUUGGUGAGGAGCGAAUGCCCCUUAGACAUAAAAAGGUCCAGUCACAGGAACAGCAUCGGGCAAGUUCCAACUCCUCAAAAAGCCUGGCUGCAGUGGUGGCACGGCUGGAGAGGAACGCUGUCAACUCAUGCACAGAGGGAGAGGAGCUGGACAAACUCACAACAGAGGAAGAGGAAGAGCAGGAUGAGGCCGUGGUGCCUCGUGUCCUAUACGAGGAGCUGGUGCACAGCUACAGGCAGCAGGAAGAGGAAAUGAGACGCCUGCAGCAGGAGCUGGAGCGCACACGCAGGCAGCUGCUCCAACAGGCCAAGAAGCUCAAGGAGUAUGGCAGUCUGCUGACCGAAGUCAAGGAGCUGCGUGAUUUCAAUCGACGCCUGCAGGACGUCCUGCUCGUGAGGCUUGGCAGCGAGCCGAUGCACGACAAUGGCACACAGACAAUCAAAGCAGAGGUGGUGGAGCCGGUCAGUGAACCACAGGAGGUGUGUCAAGAGGAAGCAAACACUAGCUCCACCCACUCCCCAUCCCCGAGAACCGUCUACACCUUCAAUGAUGGAAAAAUGCACUUGGGUGGAGGGAUUUGGGUGGAGGAGGAGAAGUGGCACCAGCUACAGCGGACACAGGGAGACUCGAAAUUCACCAAAAACCUGGCGGUGAUGAUCUGGGGCACGGAAACCCUGAAGAACCGCAGCGUGACUGGCAUCGCUACGAAGAAGAAGAAAGAUGCCCUGCCCAAACCACCGCUCUCACCAAGCAAGCUCAAAAUUGUUAGAGAGUGUCUGUAUGAUCGUGUGUCUCAAGAAACAGCUGACAGCGCGGAGAUCACCCAGCGAUUAUCCAAAGUGAACAAAUACAUCUGCGAAAAGAUCAUGGAUAUCAACAAAUCUAUCAAGAACGAGGAACGACGAGAGUCCAAGCUUCUCAUCCAGCAGACGGUGAAGAUGGAGAACUUCCCCUACGACAGUCUGUAGGGGGCGAUGAAGUUGUCACCAUAGCUCAUUCUACUCCUCAAGGACUUCUGGUGAACAAGGUGCACGUAAUCACCGGCGCUGCCAAUUGAGAUUUCCACUGAUGCCCUCCCAAGACCUCUCUGUCUUUUACUCUCGUAGACCCUGUUUUACAGCCUGUCUGACAGUUUUACCUCUCUCCGCACUGCCUUAGCAUGCUGGUGUGCAUUCUGUGAGUGAAUGGGGUGGGUUUUUGUAAGCUUUAAUGGGGGAUCUCGGGGUGGGUCGGAUAUUAUGCCUGAUAGACAGGAGCGAUCCUUUAAAUCGUGUGAGAGAAAAAUGUGUUUGGCACAUCAGCUUGUGUUCUGUGUCAGAACAUGUCCUAAUGUACUAAAGAGGUUUCCCUUCUGAAAAGUCUUCUUGUUUCAGGAG